UUCAUCAAAUAUGACAUUUAUUUCUUUUGAAGUGUAAAUGAUGAAACGUCAUGACGAAAUGGAAGCUAAGUUGUUCUCUCUAGGCUACUUUAUGCUCGUAAAAGCAUGUCAGGUAGCUCUGAAAAAAGCAACGAAUUGGAGAGCUGGAAUUCAAGCAAGACCGAAGCGGGCAGGAAGAAUUUAGUGGCGGACAACUCAGGUCAAAAUUUCACAGUCCCUAAGAAGAACGAACCAAAGAAACUGUCAAGUAGUGUUAGGAUUGAAAGUGAAAACUUGUCUAAUUAUCGAGAUAGAAAAGCGAAAGGCGAAGGCGGCAGCACCCAUGAUUAUGCAAAGAACUUAGAAACUAUAAGAAAUAAAUUAAAAUUGCUUGACAUUAGUCAACGAAGUUCAUCAAUAUCUACGAAUAAUGACGUGCAAGCUCAACGUUCAUCAUCCAGUUUUACUAGCGUCAGUCCGAGAACAGCGGGAUUGCACAUUUCUGCACCAACGUCUACAAAAACAUAUUUUCCAAAUGUCAUCUCAAACAAAGAAAAGAAAAUUGAUGCCGAAACAACUUUCAGCAACUCAUUAUCUUCUUCCAAUAGCUCGCCCAAAAAUGACAAGCUGGUGAAACAUAAACAGGUGUCCGACGGUUCAACUUCAAGAAGUGCCAAAAUUAUUAACAUUUACAGCCCGAGGAAGAAAAUGUACUUUACGUCAUCAUCAAUUUCUAACAGCAGUUCGAACGGUAGUUGUUUUGCACAUUUCGAUAAAGGUUGUCGUCGUACAGUGGUAAAUGAAAAGGCAAAACAUUUACCACAACAUCCAAAGAAGAAAGCAACCUCAAGCGGAUCAACAUCUGGCUCAUCGAGGAAGAGUCAGUUCAAUGAAAUAUCCAAAGCUAAAAGGCGAACAAGGAAACAUUUAAAAAAAAGAGAUAUGUCAAUUGUAGAAGUGCUAAAUAAAGUGUGCAAGCCAAAAUAUGAACAACCCAGUAAUCAAUCUAAGAAAGAUACUUGUGAUAAUGUAUCUUUUUCGACAAGUACAACAGACGAAGAUGAAGAAAUCGAAAAAGAACUAUCAGACGUACCAUUGGCCGUCGAACAUCAAAAUGUGACCUCGCCUUUAAAAACUAAACGUGAGUCGCCAGAACCUUUUAGUUCGAGAAUACAGAAUUUCGGACUUCCGGACUCUGGAGAAUCUUCGAUUAAAAAGUAUAGCUGUAGCAUUGAUCACAAACAGCCUGAAGUUAGACCGAUUACCAGGCGAAACAAGCAAACUAGUCCAUCCAAAGGAACAUCUAAAAGCCUGCCAAUGAAGUCCACUAAAAGUGAAAUCCGAUCUCAGUUACAGAAAAUGUCACAAUCUGCUGUGUCUAAGAACCAAAACCCGAAGAUUAAAAGUUGUACUACUGUAAAAUUAGCAACACCCACAAAUCUUAAAAAACAUACGAAGGUAAAGGAAAAAAGCGAUUGCGUCACAAAAUUAACAACAAUAAAAUCGAGUAGUUCCUUUAACAACACCUUACCCGAACUUUGUAAAGUGAGGAUAGACAGCGAUGUCGCUGUAAAAUCAGCAUCUUUUCGAAAAAUUAAGAAAUCUGUCGAUCGUAUUCAAUCUAAGUGUAUAAAGCCAAAAAUUUUGGAAAAAACUGAAAACUUGACGUUAACUGCAAUGAUUUGCAGUCCCAAAGAAGAGGUAUCUUCGGCUUCAACUAAGUCAGGUACAUCUCCAUCUCAGUUAACUCUAACUUCCCCCACAGUUACUGAACGAAAGUCGAAGAAAACCGUUCCUUCUUACAAAUUCCCGUUUCCAAGUGCAACAAUUCCAAGGGCAUUCACACUAGAAGGUUUGUUGUGUGAUACGGUGAAUAGCCCAUCAAAACAAUCAAAGGUAAAGAAAAAGUCAGCAACACCACCCUGCAAUCCAGUAUCAAACGUUGAUGAUUUAAGGGUUUACAGCACCCAUUUGGACUUGCCCAAUGCGUUUCAUUCAGACAAAAUAAAAAGUUCGAGCUAUUUGAUUCCCUAUUUAAAAAAGAAAAAUAGAAUCCAUAAUACCAGAAGAGCUACGACUGGUGACAGUUCCAUUAAUCGUAGAGGUUUCAGCCAUACAAAAAGUAUACAGUUCACUGUUAGUCCUAAAAAAUGGUUACUUACACGGCAAAGCAAAAGUUUACCAGGAAAGAGCAACAGUAAAUCCAGCGGUAGCAGUCAAAAGAAUGUAGAAACCAUGUUUCUAAAUCUAUCGUAUAGUAAUCCAUCUACUUCACAUUCAGAAACGUAUUUUUCUGAAACUUUGUCAUGUCCCAUACCAUCCAAAAGAAUCUGCAUGAGAGAAGAUCAAGAUUACGAUGUCUUUCAAAUCAUAAUAGAAAAUGACGAUAAUAGCAGUAUAGCAUCGACGUGCACUAGCCCCCCGAAAAAAAUGUGUGUAAGGGAAAAAACUCCGGAAAUAUCGGAAAAUGUCAGUACAGAUUCCAAGAAAAAUUUUUCUGACAUAUCAGGGACUCCUUCUGAAAAAGAUUCCGUGGAGUCAGUUCCAAGUGAUGAUUUCAAAAACUCUAUUUUAUCAAUGUUACUUGAAUGGAGAGCGAAGGAGAUCGAAAAAAUAAACGGUAAAGAACAAAUGAAGGAUAAAAGCACAAUCAGUUGGGUAAACCAGAGCAGUAAUAACGAACUUUGUCUAGCAAAAAAUGUUACGUCAGAGUCCGAAUCGAAAGAUGAAGCAAUAAUAAACGAUAAAUACAAAAUGGAAGCGUUCGCAGAAUCUGAAAGCAAAGAAGACAUUGAUCUGUCUGUGGAUUUUGAUGAAGAAAGGUUUGAACAACAGCUUGCAGUAAUAUCGGAAGAAACCAGAAUUGUUUCAGAAGAAGACGUAAAUCUUCGUACUAUUAAUUCUACUGAACGCCUAUCUAUAGAUGAAGAUCUAAUGCUUAAGCUUCCUCUUGAACCGGAAGUGAAUGUGAUAGGAUCGCUGCCAACUAGUGCAUCGCGAAGAAGUAAUGGUGGACAAAACAAUUCAUUGCGCGAGAAACAAGAUGCUACCACAAGUGUAGAGGAUCUAAGAUUGCCAAUGGAAAACAAAGAAACUUAUACAAGCCACGAAUCAUUUCGGAAAGAUGUUGGACAACAGUAUGAAUUAACGGAAGAUGGUUUGUAUAACAAGGAUGUGACAGCUUCGAAAGCGUCCGGGAAAAUUUUAGAUGAAAAGACGGAAACCUACAACAAAUCAAGUUGGGUAUGCGGUUGUUUUCUAAUGCCGCUCCUUGAGAGAAGUGUCUUCGAAGCCUAUCAAGUGCCAUAUGGUGAAGGAGAUCCAAUUAUAUCUUUACUUGAACUGAAUGAUGCUAUUACAAUGGAAAGGACUCAACAGAAAAUAACCCCGAAUGUUAGUAUUUUAGAAAUAAAUGAAUUAGAUGAUCAAAUCAGUAACGACAAUGUAACAUCUACUUCGGUCAGAGAGGUCUAUUUGAAUGGGGAUGAUGAUGCAAUGGUUCCAUUAAAUCCAAACUUAAUGUUGAGUCUUGAUGUGCCAAAAAAGUUUUUGCGUCUGUACGACUUCCCAGCAUUCACAAGGAUCACCACAAUUGCUGGAAGUUGUGAAAGCUGCGUAUCGUUAUGGGAAAAAAAUGAUAUUGUUUUAACCGAGCCAACUGGAUCAAAAUUAUCUAGUCCAAAAGGUCGUUCGACUUCCAAUACGCGGAAAUCUAAAGACGUUUCCUGGGGGGAUAACCUAAUGCCCGAAAAGAAGUUACCAAAUCUGAAGGACGAUUUCGAUCAAACCCUCCUCACCGUUUUGUACCGAUCUAGAUGCAGUGCAGUCCACUCUCCAGACAAAAGCACAUCGAGUAUCUGCAGGUGUCAUUCGGAAAGAGGCUUCUCUGAAACGUCGGAAUCACAAGAUGAAGACGGAAAGCAAAGCGGUUGCUUCAGUUGCUUUCGUCGGUUAUUUGGUAGACGGAAGAAAAGAUUUUUUGAUUCUCAUAGUUAACUUACUACUAUUAUUUACCAAUAUCGAAUUGUAUUUAUUAUACUAUUAAGG